AUGUAUACGUAUUGUGACGACCAAAGCAGCGAGUGUCGCAUGACACCACAGCGAGCGAGCGCGCUCAGCCAGUUUCUACGACACUAUACCGCUAGUCAGCAUCCAAGCUUUCGAAGCUACAAGAAUACAGCAACACUAGAUAAAUACUUUCGGACUACAACACAACUCGUUCUCUAUACAUCACGAGCGCUGGCUAGUAACAAGGAGAUCUUCACUUCACGUAUGAAAACACAUAACAAGGACGAUUUCAAGCAUAUUGCUCUAGAGGCACGUGGCAAGAAGGGAGCUCCUUAUACACCAAAGCUGCCACAGGACCAGCUAGAGCCUACCAAUUGUCAGCUUAAAGCCAUUGCCGCAUUGACAUAUGCAGCAGAUAUAAUCAUUGAAGCAGAGAGAAUCCAUAAAAGCAAGCUGAGUAGUAAAGAAGGAGGAGCGAGAGAGUCUACUACUACUACUACUACUAGAGAGAUCCAAACGAAUCGACUUCGAGAGAACAAGAUACUGUCAUAUAUACAAGAAGACGAUUCCGAAGCUGAAGAAGAAGUAGAAGAAGAAGGAGAAGAAGAAGAAGAUAACUCCAAGAGAGACGGCGGUAAUAGCAACAAUAGGACGGAGAUGGAGAGCGAGACAUACAACAGUGAAGACGAGAGCAGUAACGAAUAUAACAGCGAGGAGAGCGAGGAGAGCGAGAAGAGCAUCCAUCGCAAACAAAUACCAACCAAGUCAUCAAGGAAAGCAAAAUCACUACGGAAAAGAGAGAGCAGCAAGCUUCAAAAAUACCGCCAACACAUGCAGGAUAUCGAUACCACGGCGCCCCUAGAGAUAAGACGAGCUAUAGCGAAGGCUAGACGGGAAGUUCAAGAACAAGUGCAAGAACUACUCAUGGCCAUGAUUGAGCAUACUAUUGGCGCAUGUCAGUGGGCGUCGCCUAUUACUAGCUUUGCUGCUAUGCUCUCUCGUCAGAUUACACCCUCCUAUAAGCAAGGAGAAGGAACUACUACCACCCCCCUAGAGUCCAUCGCGAUCUCUACCAGUACGAUGGAGGAGAAGGAGACUACCCUAUACGAUACUGUGACUAUGUCGACAUGGCAGCGAUACCCACUACCUUGGGAUGAAACGAUCUCCAAGAAGGAGGUCCAGGAUGCACUCCUCAGCAUAGGUAAUACUACUCCAGGUAUGGAUAAUAUUACUACUAAGAUGCUGCGGGUCGCCUGGCCUAGUAUCGGCGACGCUGUCACAAUGCUCUACAACGGCUGCCUCCAGCUCGGGUACCAUCCUAUGGUAUUUAAGUCGGCUGAAGUAGUUAUGAUCCCUAAACCUAACAAGAGGGAUCUCUCAAACCCCUCUGCCUGGCGCCCUAUCUCACUCCUCCCCUGCCUUAGCAAAGGACUGGAACGGGUGCUCGCCAGACGAAUCGCCUACAUGGCUGUCACACACGAUAUAAUCCCUCCCGAGCUCGCAGGAGCUCUUCCUCGUCGCUCUGCUGUGGAUAUAGUCUCCUCCCUCGUCUUCGAUAUCGAGAGUAAAGUCUUCAAGAAUCACCUAGUCGCAACCUUAGUUACUAUGGAUGUUAAAGGUGCCUUUGACGCUGUUCUGCGAAACCGGCUUAUUCAGAGACUUCAUAGACAAGGCUAG